AUGCAAGGGGAAAGAAUCCUCAAAUCACUUCUAAACAGAGAGAUAGAUGGUCUUCAUGAGGAUACGAAGGUAAGUUGAUCAAACUUAGCUGUUUGCCAAAUUUAAGCUGCUGAGAAAUUAUGGUAGCUUAAUUGAGGACGCUUUGUAGCUCAGUUAGCGAAGAUACUUACGAUUUGUAAGGCUACUAACUUUCAAAAACGUUUCCUUGAAUAAAAAUUUAGUUCAUUUCAAAGCGAGCGUCUUGUUAGACUCUAGAUGUAGCUCCAAUUGCAAGAAUCGGGCGGAUCUACAUGAGCAGGUCAUAGAAUGAGUGUCACUUGAGAGCGAACCUCAACCUAAUAAAUUACACCUAUUUUAGACGUCUUUUUUGCCAAAGCCUCUUAUUUUUCUUAACUCCAUAUUUCAAAUGGGGUAGCCUUCACCCUUGAUAUGUUUUUUUUAAAAUAUUGUUUGGUGGAACUUGCAGAAUUAUCUUGCUCCACUGCAAUGUCCGCUAAAGAACAAAAAUGGCUGCCAAGCAGGAGGCAAAGCUACAGAGGAAACUGUGUCAAAGUACGCCGUGUUUUGUACCAAGUUCCUAAGGUGUGCUAUAGAAACCGUGAAAAAUGUGAAAGCCAAGGGAAAUGACCUUACUGAGGUCACAGAUGCCUUGAAACUAGGUAAGAUGAAGCAUGUGAACAUCUUUAGUUGUUGUUUGGGAGUAAGGUCUUUUCUGAGUUCCUAAAAUAAGCUUAAUGCUUACUCUUAAAAUGGGAUCAGCUUCAAAACCUUACUAAUGAAAAUGAGUUUUAUUUAACACACACACACACACACUUAACACACAUACUUUAUUAUUAUUAAUAAUCUACAUUUACAUAAAGUCCAUUUCCGCCCGCAAAUAGCAGGUGCUAGUCGAGGCAGGCGGAGAUAAUAGGUACAGCAGUCAGUAAUAAAUUACAAAUAAAUAGAUGAAUAAAUAAAUGAAUAAAUAACUAGAUAUAUAUAAAUGAAAUAAAGCUUAAACAUAAAUUAAAAACAUUUACAAAAUCACCUACUUGAAACUCGAAAAAUUAACUGCAACACUAAAUUAAGAUAUGUAUACUUUAUAAAUUAAACUCUGUAUUUGCUCGAUAGUUAGUUAUUUUUUGAAGCAGAAUGGGCGAUUCAACAUAACUGUCCUCGGCCUCUAAUAACAAAAAUAGCAUGUCAUUGAUAUGUCUUUUGAAAGCUCUCUUGGGGAGGUGACGAAGUUCAUCGCAUAUUGAGUUCCAAAGCUUAGCUCCGAACCUAGCAAAAGAACCAUGUUUUCCUUUUUGUUAGUUCAAUAACGACACAGCAGUCCAAUAAGUACACAACAGAUCAAUAACCACACCAGUAGUUCAAUGACUACACAUCAGUUCAUUGAGCGUAAACUACAUGCAGCUGCGGAAAGAAUAGCCACAAAUACGUUAGUUAUUUCUUAAUAAGAAUGCAUAGCAUUAAGUAAGUGAUAAAUACUCAUUUAGCUAUGGUACGAGAACUAAAUAGAUAAAUAGCUAUGUUACACUGUUAUUAAGUUCUAGUGAGCUCACUAAUAUAGACGGGAACAUAGAGUGAUGUUAUUUUUAAAAAAUUUUAGUCCGCUCAGAAGGUCUGUCAUUCUCAUCAGGGGCACAGUGAACAGACCUGGAAAGAGAGUCAGCACCGAAAGGGUAAAGCGAACUCGGUCCGGAGAAAACUUCAACUAAAUAACCCGACAACGCGCACGUUAAUAAAGCAGAAAAAAAUACAGUUAACCGUGGAUGAAAUCUUGUUUUUUGACUCUCUUUCCGCACGUUUCAAACCGUGGUACCACAGCUGGCCCCACGUGCUUGAGUUGACUACCAUCAAUCUAUGUUAUUUUUACCGUACAAGUACGGAACUUCCAACUUUCUUGCUAGUUUCAAACUUGAAAGGCAGCUGCUCGUUUCCUGACCAUAUUUCAAAAAUCUGCUUUCGAUAUGAUAAUGUCUGUGCAAAUAUAAGAGAUCAUAACAAUUGCAGGCGAUGCCUCAGCAAGGUACCAACAGCUUUCUUUCCAAAACGAAUUAGAAAUAAAGUUUCAAAUGCGUCUAACUCACCGCAGCUUGAAUAAAAACAACUGGUAGGAUGACCGCACUUUGUUUUCUUCACUCGAUGGCCUACGUCAUUUCAUAUCACGCGCAAUUUCUUCAAAUGUUAACCGGCAACCGCCGUGAACGUUCGCGCGCAACUUGAAGGAGUUACGUCACAGUAAUCCUAGUGUCCAAGUGAGGCCUUUUUCUCACUAGUCACUAGUUUAUGUCUUUAAAAAAUGUACAGCAUUGUUUUAGUUAACCAUUUCCAUUAUAGGCUAAGCCAAAAAAUACAUAAAUAAAUAAAUGUGAUGAAGGUGAUAUACAAACACACAAACAAUUAUUUAAAUAAUAACAAUAAUGAGUUAUGACGGGGUUUUACAACUAUGAUACCCCGCCCAUAAACAUCCCUAUCUGAUUUUAUAAGCAACCAAAAGGAUGCCUGUCGCACGAGUGCAAUGACCCUCUACAGCCGUGAACAAGCUGACAGAUCUGGCGCACAGCGGGCAGUUUAAGGGAAAGACAUGGUUGCCGUAUACCAGAAUAGCCCGGUAUAUGGAUUCAGUAUCUCAGUUUUCCUGGUUACCAAAACCAUGGUUCUGAUUCAGUCUCGAUUGGUUAAUAUAAAAAUUGCAGGAGGAGGAGAACCUGGUCUCGUGAUUAUGCUUUUCAUUAGCUUUAAUGAAAAGAUUACUAAUGUUAGUGGGAACAGUUAGACGAGAUGUCGAACAUUAUUGAGGAAACUGUUUCAACGUAUAACAUAUUUAAAGGAAGGAUUUUUGAGGAGGUAAAUAAAGGCACCGCAUAUGCUCUGGGUUCAGAAAAAUACAUCAACCGAAGGACACGUUUUUGUAGCACGAGGAUUUUUUGUAAAUGGGAUUUAGCAGCUUGACCCCAAGCAGCCAAGCCAUAGGAUAGGUAGGGUAGUAUCAAAGAGUGAUAAAUACUUAAUAGUGUGGUAAAAGGGACGAGGUGCCGAAGACAGGUAAUAACUCCAAUAAUUCUACUUAUUUUUAGUGCUACAUUGUCAAUGGGUGGUUUUCAUGCAGUCUCGGGAGACACAAAUAACAAUGGUGAAAUGAACAAAUGCUGGUGGACAAACAAAGCGAGCUAAUGAGCGAUCUUUUGUUUACCGUCCACCAGCAUGGCGGCGAUGACGUAACGUGAAAAUCACCUAUGUGGUAUUUCCAGCUCAAAUGACUAUCCAGUAAGACACCCAGAUAUUUUACAUGAUCCUUACACUCAAGGGAAGUAAGAAUGUGAUUACUAUUGUCAAACAUUAGAAUAUUGACCGAAUGGUCCAUCUUACGUUGGUGAGGACGAAAGUUAACAAAGUUUGAUUUUUUAGCGUUUAAUGUUAGCUUAUUUGCAUUGAGCCAAUCCUAGACUCUGACCAGUUCUUUAUCGACCAUUUUUUCAAGAGAAUUAAGAUUUUUGUCGGCAUUCAACAACUUUGUGUCAUCUGCAAAAAGGUAAAACGAAAAUUUCACUGAAGAAUAAAACUUUACAACCUACUUAUGGUAUGGGACUCCCAGGUACAUACAACACAUUUCACAGUGGAAAGAAAUAGCAUUUUCAACAUGGUGUGAGCAGGGCACAACAAAGUGCUAUCUGAUAAUCCAGAGCCAGUAUUGAGUAAGGCUUAAAUAUGGGUCAAAUAUAAGUUGUCCGAUAAGCACACCACAUUUGCUUUAAGUGUGAGAUUAAUAGAGGGCUAUAAAGUUACAUGUAACUUGCAAAUUGUUUUGUUCAUGUUUCAGUGGGGACACUUCUCAACAACACUUUAUCACUCCAUCAUGGAAACUACCUGAAGUUUUCUUCCCUCAGCAGAUCAGCUUGCUAA